AUGUUGGGAAAAGCGACACCAGAUAAAGUUAUCGAUAUUAUUCGGUUCAGCGUGGCCAUAUGUUUCUGUUGGCCAUGUCCUCUCAAUAGUAGCAGAAAUCAAAUUUUUGGUUUCAAAGUUUUACAAAUCAGUAGCGUGAUUAGCGCGUGCAUGAUGCUUCUACCUUUGUUCUAUUCAAUUUAUUUGCACAACGACGAUGUCAUACAUAUCUCUAAAUGCAUCUGUAUAUCAAUAGGUGUCACUCAACUUAUUGUCCAAACUCUUAUAUGCUUCAUCAAACACAAUUCGUUACAACGUGUUGUUGGAGAAAUGAUGAAAUGUGUCAAAGAAGCGCAACAAAACGAAAUGGAGAUCUUCUCAAAAUACAUCGAAAAGUGCAAGAUAUUCUAUGGAAGUUCCAUAAUAUUUUCAUAUUUGACUUCGACCGCUUUCAUGCUGGGACCUAUAAUACUGCCGAUUUCUUUUCCAUUUGAUGCAGAGUAUCCUUUCCGCGUUAACCAUUCGUUGGCAAUUAUCAUUGUAUAUAUACAUCAGUCUUUAGUUGGCUAUCAAUGCUCUGCAAACGUAUGCGCAAGCGUAUUCGGAGCACUUUUACUUUGGUUUACGGUCGCAAGAUUCGAAUGUUUGAUCGUGGAAUUCCAAAAAUGUACAGAUAUUGAUAUGGUGAUUACUUGUGUUAAGAAACAAGUACAAUUAAGGAGAUAUGCGAAAGAAGUGAUCAAAUGUUUUCGUUAUAUAGUACUUUAUAACAUAACAAUAACAACAUUUGCUUUGAUUAUUUCCUGCAUUAUUUUACUUAUGAUACGAAUUAAUAAACAGAAUGUACCACUAAUUGUGAAAAUGCAAUUCAUAAUCAUAUGUGUCACUAUAAUGACGGAGAUUUAUAUAUACGCAUGGCCAGCUGACUAUGUGAAGAAUAUGAGUAUAAACAUAUCGAGAAGCGUGUAUGAGUUAUCAUGGUAUGAACAGACGUUAGAAAUGCGAAAGUAUUUGCUUAACGUAUUGAUAUAUCAAAAACCAAUAACCUUUUCCAUCAGCUGUAUAGUACCAGAACUUACUUUGCAUUAUUAUUGUUCAUAUCUCUCCAAUGCAUUCUCCAUCUUUACUACAUUACGUAUUUUAUUAGAAGAUUCAACAUAAAUAUUAGAUUAAUUAUAAUGAAUAAAAUCCGUAAUUAUAUAUGUAUGGUUCUUAUUGUAUUAAUAA